AUGACAUGUGGACAUGGCUUCAUUACUCGGAAGUUUGUGGAGAAGCACAUCCUUUGCUUUGACUCCCUAGAUGCUUGUGUUGCACUAUAUGAGAGAGUGGAACACUCGAAGGAGGACAAGUGUUGCAACAUUCGUAUAUGGGGAACUCCCUCUCCCGUCUUUGAUAUCCGCCCAUGCACAAGUCAUUCCAAGGAGCCUCUAACCCCAAAGGAGAAGUUUUCUCCCCUCUUUGACAAGUCGGUUCAAUCUAGCUGGUUGGAGUUGCUUGGCAGUAGGGCAAAUACAAACCCGGUCCACUGGUCAGAAGAAGAUCGACUGGAAGCUGAUGAUAUCAGGGCUUGGUUGUCGAAGCAGCAACUCCCAGGGUUCAUUCACGGAUUAUCAGCUCUGCAAUUUCUAAACAACACCGCCAUAUUCGGACUAGCGAAACAGCCCACACCUGAUGCAACGGCUGCAUUUAUUGACCAACAUCGUGGCAUGGGAAGUUUCCAAGGUCUUUUGCUUCUUGGCUAUGAUAUUGAUGGCCGAGGGAGCAAUUGGACGCAUGCAGCCUUCCUCCACUUCUAUCACCAUCUUGACGCCUCGCUUGCUGGUGAAGACAAGGAUGUUUUACAGUUUUCGCCGAUAUUUGCUGAACAUUUGCUUUGCAAAGUGAAGCGAUACUGUACAACAUUCACCAAGACAGACCGAACCUCAUUUCCAACAUUGGCAAAAGAACGAACAUGCAACUUGGAAUGGGUAAAGGGACAAAAUGUUAAAGAUUCUUCCGGUACUCUUUUACCCAUUCCUGUGGCGCUUAAUAGAGAAAGCAUGGAUGCCAUCAUAUCUAGUUUCGAGGUCAGUAUCUACCUAUUGUCAACAUAUGUUUUACAGUUACUGAAAGGCAUCGUUAAGUCUUAA